AUGGCGACUAAUACCGUUUAUGUCGUGACUGGCGGAAAUCGGGGUCUCGGUCUUGGAAUUGUUAAAUCCCUCCUUGCACGCUCCAACACGAUUGUUAUUGCAACAGUUCGAAAUGAAGACGGAGUUUCGACUCUUACACGGGAGACGACGGCGGCUCCAAAAGGUUUAGGUAGCAGCCUACAAAUCUUGCAGUUGGAUUUAUCGACGAUUCGAUCCACGGCCGAAGUCAAAGAGGCUUUCAAACUCGAUAUCGAUCGCAUUGAUGUCCUGAUCAAUAAUGCUGGAAGAACGUCGCCCAUGGUACCGGCCACCGAGACGACAGCGGAAGAACUUCGCGCGGCCUUUGAAGUCAAUACCAUUGCGCCUCUACUCGUUUUCCAAGCUCUUUGGCCGCUUUUACAAGAAUCACGGUCGCCAAAGCUUGUAAUGGUUACUUCCUCAGUCGGAAGCAUUGCAGACAUGGAGCCACUUCCUGGUGGCGCGUAUGGCCCAAGUAAGGCAGCUCAAAAUUGGCUGACAAAGGCCUUGCAUCUGGAGAAUAAAGAUCGCGGCCUCAUCGCCAUUGCACUUCAUCCUGGCUGGGUACAGACGCGCGCGGGCCAACUUGUUGCUGAUCAAUGGGGGUUUGCCUCUGGGCCUCCAGACACGAUAGAGUCCAGCGUGGAAGGAAUGUUGAAAAUCAUCGACGAAGCAUCUAGUGAGAAUUCAGGGGUGUUCAUUACACAAACCGGUCAAAUUUUGGGCUGGUAA